AUGGUAUUGGACCGCCACUCAGCCGCAGUGGCCAACUCGGUCCAUUCUCCUCGCAAGAAACUGCGCAUCGGAUUCAUUCAUCCUGACCUCGGUAUCGGAGGAGCUGAAAAACUCGUCGUCGACGCCGCCCUCUCCCUCCAGCAACUCGGUCACGAAGUCGUCAUCUUGACUUCGCACCACAAUCCACGUCACUGUUUCGAACCUACACGCGAUGGCACCCUCAAAGUACAGGUCAUGCAUACUCUCGUGCCUCGAUCCAUCUUUGGGUCUUUCCACCUCCCCUGUGCUAUCUUACAACAGAUGAGUUUGGUGUUUCAGCUCAUACUUGCGGUCAUGCUGUUCAACUAUCCGGGCACGCUGCCGAGGUUUGUCACGAGGAGGUUGACGAGCUCUCCGCCGAUUCCGGGAUUCGAUCUGUUCUUCUUUGAUCAGUUGACAGCGGGUAUUCCGUGGUUGAAGAUUCUUUUGGCGACUAGGGUUGUGUACUACUGUCACUUUCCCGAUAAGGAUAUUGGGAAUUCGAUUGCGAUGCAAAAAGCUCAUGCAAGGGGUGAAUCGGGACCAUCAGUGUUGAGGAAAGUGUAUCGGCUGCCUUUUGACUUGUUCGAGGAGGGGACUACGGAUUAUGCGGACAAGAUUCUGGUAAAUUCCGAGUUCACUUCUGCUCAGUUUGUCAAGAGCUUUUUCAGGCUGAGGAGGCAACCGAGAGUAGUGUAUCCCGGUGUAGACUAUUCUCAAUUCGAGCCGAAGAAGGUGGAGGAGGGAAUGAAGAGGUUGGAGAAGGAAGCUGAGGGGAUGGGCGAUCCGAUUCGGAGUCAGAUUGCGAGGUUUUGUAGGGAUGAAAGCAAGACUACGUUGUUGUCGGUGAAUAGGUUUGAGGCGAAAAAGAAUGUCGCAUUGGCUUUGGAGGCUUUUGCGAUUGCUCGGAAGGAGUUGGCUGCUACUGAGGGUGAUGUGGGCAGGUUGAGAUUGGUGUUGGUGGGUGGAUAUGACAAGAGGGUUGGAGAUAAUGUGGCCACGUUGAAAGAGCUGCAGAUUCAGGCCAAGGAGUUGGGGUUGAGUGCGGUGACGAUGAGUUACAACAGAGCGACGUUUGAGGUUCCUACCACCGCACCACCUGCCGAGGAGUUGGGUAGGGCUAAUGUUGUGUUCCUCCCCUCGCUCCCGAUGCCACUCAUCCACACGCUCUUGCUCAAUCCUAGCAGCAAAGCCCUCCUCUACACACCCACCGAAGAACACUUUGGUAUCGUCCCCCUCGAAGCCAUGGCAUGCGGUCUACCCGUUCUCGCAACCAACACCGGUGGACCGGUUGAAACGGUCGUCGAUCUCGCUCUCACCUCGGAUUCCUCCCCCACCAACGACUCCGGUACCGGUCUCCUCCGUCACCCUUCACCUCCCAUCUGGGCCGUUUCCAUCAUUGCCCUACUCAAACUCAGCCCUCAGGAUCGAGAGAAGAUUUCCACUGCAGCCAAGAAGAGAGUUCAGGAAAAGUUUAGUACUGACGUUCUCUCUCUAGCUCUCGAAAAAGCUUGCUAUGAUGCGUAUGAGCUGGGAAGGGUUAGGGGAGAUGAGGGGUUGUAUCAGUGGGGAUCGACUGGUGCGGUUUUCAUUGUCAUGUCAACGUUGUUUUGGGUCAAUGUGUAUUUCAGCCAUGAUAAAUGGUUGGCUCAGCAAGCGGCCAAGUUGGCGAGGGAGAAGGAUAAGUGGUUAGCUGAGUUGAGGGCUGGUGGUGCUCUUGGUGGGUGA